AUGGCUCUUGGGACAGCAAAGGUGCAUUAUGGAACAUCCUUGUCCAAUGUAGAUUGGUUGCACGGUGGAGCUGAGUCUCUACUCACUUUGACAAACUUGUUAAUCGUGUUAGGUCUGCAGGAGGCUCUUAGAAAGGUGAAAAACAAAAACAAGUCUACAUCUGGAAUCGAAGGGGAGAAAAGAUACACAGAGAAAUACGUGAACAAGGAUUUCUCUCUCACAUUUGCAACAGUGAAGGGAGGAGGUCAUGUAGCUGCGUAUGAGUACCCUAAAGAAUGUCUUGCCAUGAUUGAAAGGUGGUUGGAUUUAUAUCCAUUGUAG